AUGUCAUAUACAGUGGGCCUUCGAAUGGCAGCUCGCCGGAGUGUUCUGAGGAUGACUCCUCUGUCGCAAAUGCGCAUGGUUCCUCGAGUGAGCCAUCGUUGGAGUAGCAAUGGGCCUUCAUCUUCAGCAAAGAGUAGUUCUAAUGGUAACAUUGACUUUUCGAAACUGACUAGGGAUGAAAUCAAGCAGUUGAGGGAUAUGAAGAUGGCUAAGGAUAGGAAGUACAAGGAUCGGACGGUGGCAUAUUAUUUUGGCAGUGUUGCGGUGAUAUUUCUCGGGUUAGCGUACGCCGCAGUGCCAUUAUACAGAGCCAUCUGUGCGCGUACUGGGUUUGGUGGUGUUCCGAUCACUGACAAGAGGAAGUUUACGGAUGACAAGUUGAUCCCCGUGGACACGGGGAAGCGUAUUAGGGUGUCAUUCACCAGUGAAGUCUCUCAGAUCCUUCCAUGGAAGUUUACACCUCAACAGAGAGAGGUAUAUGUGCUGCCAGGAGAGACGGCGUUGGCGUUUUACAAAGCCAAGAACAACAGUGACAAGGAUAUCAUUGGGAUGGCCACGUACAGUAUAACACCGGGUGAUGCUGCGCAGUACUUCAACAAGAUCCAAUGUUUCUGCUUCGAGGAGCAGAAGCUUGCCGCGGGCGAAGAGAUCGACAUGCCCGUGUUCUUCUUCAUCGACCCAGACUUCGCCUCUGAUCCAUCAAUGAGAAACAUAGACGACCUUAUCCUACAUUACACAUUCUUUAGAGCCCACUACGGAGACGGCUCCGCAGUCUCUGAGCACCAGCCUGUCGAGGAUGUGAACAUGGCAAAUGCACAGAUCCUAACCCCACAGGUAAUAGAUGCGACAAAGGAUUGA